UAGGGGAGAUGAUGAGUCUCCCUGCAUCUGUAGCGCUCUUGGUGUUUGCAAAGAGCUACUGCAACAACAUCCAUCACCUCCCUCCCUCUCCAUCUCUACCUCUCUCCGUCCCUCCCCCGUCGCCUCCUCAAUGAUACCGGAGCAGAUCGACCAACCUGCAUCCGCGCUGUCUUGUAGCCAGGCUUCCCCAGCUGUUCCUCUGUACCCAAAUGAGCCUGCGCAAUGGGCACUCGGCUAGUAAACCAAUAGCGCGUCUGCACUUGCGAACCGGGAGAGAGUGAGAGACAACACACACAGAGGCAGUCAGAGCAGACGGGAUGGAGCAGGAGCACACGGACUGUUUCCUCCGGUAAACAAGCGGAGCAGGAGCCUGGACAUCACCGGCGGAAAGCGGAGGGGGGGAUUUCGGGGACACAGCCAUGGCGACGGGAGGAGGAGGAGUGAGGCGGCGGAGGAAAGCUGGGCUCCCGGGAUUCUGCUGGAAAACCUGCUACUUUCCCAUUUUGUUCUGGGUCGUUUCCGUCUGCGGAGAGGAGAACACGCUGAUUGUAGAGACGUGGCUGAAGAACUACGGCUACCUGCUGCCUCACGAUGUCCGCACGUCAGACCUGCGGCAGGAGAAGGCCAUGCAGUCCGCCGUGGCCGCCAUGCAGCGCUUCUAUGGCAUUCCUGUGACGGGAAUACUGGACGAGACGACUAUAGAGUGGAUGAGGAGACCUCGCUGCGGCGUCCCAGAUCACCCUCACACAAGCCGCCGGCAGAGGAAUAAACGCUACGCCCUGACGGGACAGAAAUGGAGAGAUAAAAAGAUCUCCUACAGCAUAUCUAACUUCACCCCUAAAGUGGGAGAGAAGGACACCCAGAGAGCGAUCAGACAAGCCUUCAACGUGUGGCAAACUGUCACUCCGCUUUCGUUCCAGGAGGUACCGUACUCAGAGAUCAAAAACGAGGGUAAGGAGGCUGACAUCAUGAUCUUCUUCGCCUCUGGUUUCCAUGGUGACAGCUCGCCAUUUGACGGAGAAGGGGGUUUCCUGGCCCACGCCUACUUCCCUGGCGCCGGAAUCGGAGGGGACACACACUUUGACUCCGACGAGCCCUGGACGCUGGGCAACGCCAACCACGACGGUAAUGAUUUGUUCCUGGUGGCGGUCCAUGAGUUGGGCCAUGCGCUGGGUUUGGAGCACUCCAACGAUCCCAGUGCCAUCAUGGCUCCUUUCUACCAGUACAUGGACACACACAAUUUCAAACUGCCUCUGGAUGACCUGCAGGGCAUACAGAAAAUCUACGGCAUCCCCACGGCCAUGCUGGAACCCACCAGGCCCUUACCCACCUUACCUUCUCGACGGACACACUCCACCUCCGAACGCAAGCAUGACCGUCAUUCCCGUCCGGCGCGCCCGUCCGGCGACCGUCCGGCGCUGCCUGGUAACGGCAAACCCAACAUCUGUGACGGCAACUUCAACACUGUGGCCUUCUUCAGACGGGAGAUGUUCGUCUUCAAGGACCGGUGGUUUUGGCGUCUGAGGAACAACAAGGUGCAGGAGGGUUACCCCAUGCAGAUCGAUCAGUUCUGGAAGGGCCUGCCACCUCGCAUCGACGCUGCCUACGAGAGAUCUGAUGGCAAAUUUGUCUUCUUCAAAGGUGAUAAGUACUGGGUGUUUAAGGAAGUCACGGCUGAGCCGGGUUACCCUCACAGCCUGGUGGAGCUGGGCAGCUCCCUCCCCAAAGAUGGCAUCGACACGGCGCUGCGCUGGGAGCCGGUUGGAAAAACCUACUUCUUCAAAGGAGACCAGUACUGGCGUUACAACGAGGAGAAGCACACGGCGGACCCAGGAUACCCCAAACCCAUCACUGUGUGGAAGGGCAUACCAGAUGCACCGCAGGGGGCUUUCAUCAGCAGGGAGGGAUACUACACAUACUUCUACAAGGGGAAGGAGUACUGGAAGUUCGACAACCAGAAGCUGACGGUGGAACCCGGAUACCCCAAGUCCAUCUUGCGUGACUGGAUGGGCUGCGAGCAGUCUGACAUGGAGCGCUCCGGCAGCAAGGGUAACCGCGGAGACCGCCAGCUGCCCCUUGACGAUGUGGACAUCAUGGUGACCAUCAACGAUGUGCCCACGACUGUCAACGCCAUCGCUGUGGUGAUCCCCUGCAUUCUGUCGCUGUGCAUCCUGGUGCUGGUGUACACAAUCUUUCAGUUUAAAAACAAAGGAGUGCAGCAGAACACCGUUGGGCAGCACUUCUACAAAUACCCUGUUCAGGAGUGGGUAUGACAGGCAACUUUCCUUUGAAGAGGUCAAAGUUGACGGAUUGAUGGGGGUCAAGCAGUCGUCAUAUUGUUAGCUGGCUUAUGUUGGCUAAUGGCCAAUGACGCUAGCUAAAAACAAUGGAAAGUUAAUGCCGAAUGAUGCUAAUUGCGCUAGCUAGAGAUGUAAAUCGGCGCACCCUGAAAUGCUCUGCGGGAGUAGAUUUAGACGUUGUCUCAGAGUGAGUGUGUGUGUGUGUGUGUGUGUGUGAGAGAGAGAGAGAGAUUUGUGCCUGUCUUGUGACACAAGCGCUUCAGUGUAAAACAGGAAGGACACUUAUUUUGUCUUUUCCCGUUCCUCACCGGGCAAGGACACUUUAAACAAACAUGGCUAAGGACAGCGAGAACAGGUCUGCAAAGACUCCAGGAGGAUCUGAUUGGCUGGAUACUGAUAAACAGCAGAUUUUUUUAUUUGCACACAACUUCUCUGGCUAUAUGAAAAAGUGUCUUAUGAGCGACACUGAACUUUGAAUAUUUCUUCUGGGACCUACAUCACGAUUCUUCUUCUCAGUGAAAAUAAAAAAAUAAAGGAUUUGGGGCAGAAUGAAAAAUGCUCCUUAAAGCCAGACACCACCUCCAAGUUUGUUAUAACAACAGCGUGAACUACUUCGACUAUUAAGUCUGAUGAAAUUUAAUGAAAAAAAAAAAGGUUUAAAAAUAUUAAACUUGAAGAUAAAAUUUAGGUAGAAAGGCCAUAAUAAAAAGAAAACCAAGGAUCUCUCUGUGGAUCACUGAAUUUUGUUUAAUUUAUUUUCAGUUGUAUGGAGAUGUAAAACUGUUAAAGAGGACCUUUUUCUCUCUUUUUUCACCAAACACAUUAAAAUGCAUCUUCACCACCAUUAGCUCAGACCUUUUUCAACUUAAAACUCCAUCAGCUGAUAAAACAAAAGAAAUUCUUUAUCUUGAACUGAUGGGUUUUGGGAGAUGUAGAAUAGCAAGUCGUCAGCAUAUAAUGACAGAAUAGAUAAAUGACAAGUUCAACAGCCUUAUCUUUGUCUUAACAGGCCUAAAACUUUUGUUCAUAUUUUACAAGUUGCACACAACCAGGGCCCAUAUUUAUCAAACUGCUAAGAGUGAAAUUGUGGACUUGUGGAAGUGAAAGAUGAAAGUAUGAAAAAAAGCUGCUUAUCAAAAUUAUUACAACUUCAACUUGCUCUCAAAUUUAAGGGCUCUGCAGAGGUGUUUACGAGUGACUCCUAGAUGAUGAUUAAUACGUUCACUGAAGUGCGUUUCAGCCCACUGUUUGCAUUUUGUUUGAACAUUUAAUCGGAUGUUUUUCUACUUUUCUUUUCUAGCAUAUGGCAGUGGUGCAAAAAGUAAUUUCAUUUUAAGCCAAUUUACUAUUAAUUAAUCCGUAUUUAUAUAUUAUAAAUAUAUCAAACUGAAUUUUAUGUUAAUUGCUACUUGAGAUAUGAACAGCAGAGUCAUUCUAUUCUUGCUGUUUUUAAAUGUUACUCUUUCACUUUGCCAUUAAGUAGGAAUAAGUUGCUUCAUAAAUGUGUCUCACGCUCCGGAAAGAGCAAUUCUUAAGUGUAAUUCUUAACAUUUUGAUAACUAUGGGCCCUGAGCUUAACUAGUUAGCUUAGUUUGUUCCUUGAGUCCGUCUUUAUCCUCAUCUUUGUAUUUUUCUCUUUCUACGCUGUAGUGUGGAGGCUCCUGAAGAUGUGAAAGAAUUAGAGAAGUCCGAAAAGGGAGGAAAUAGGGAGAGAAAGUAAAUUGACUGGGAGGUCGAAUAAAGCAGGGUUUGAAUAGACAGAGGAGGAAGGAGGGAUGCACACAGGAUAUAUGUGGGUCUGUAUUAGUAUGCUGGCUGUGGCUCGGCAACAUCGACAGAGCUUAAAGAAGUACUUCUGUUCACAAAGCUCUAAUAGGGGCUACUCGCCCACCACAUCCCCUCGCUUUAAUCCUGCUGUCCUCCCUCUGUCUUUUCUCACUGUCCUCUUGUAAUUCUUCCCGUCCAUCUGGCCUCUCCUCUCUCAGUCCAUUUGCUCUCUCCAUCUAUUUAAUCUUUCCCCCUCUCCUCUGGCCAUCUGUGCUGCUCUCACUCGCUACUUACCUUGCCUGUCUUUACGUCAUUUUACCAAUACACAUAUAUCUGUAUCCAGUCCGCUUAACACCCCAGGUUGCUUGUUCACAUUCAGUCCGUUCAGUCAGGCUGCUUUCAUGAUGGCUUAAUAUUUAUUGUUAAAACUAAGGGGCUUGUAAUUUGCCUCCAGUGUUGUCAAACGUGCCAACAUUUCUUAUUGUCUUUGGCUCUAAAUGGUCGACUUUUACUCAAAAGAGGGGUUUGUCGACACAGGCAAGGCGAUUUUAUUAGUCUGGCACCGUUCAACCAGACAAUUCAAAGUGCUUUGCAUAAGAUAAAAAAGUAAAAUUAAACAGAAGAUAAAAAUAAGCUAACAGACAAUAAAAAAUAUAAUGAGAGAAUAAAAAUUACAGUGCUUUGCUGUUAAUAUGUAGUUUAAUUUAAUAAAAACAUCCCUGGUUUUAAAGAAGAGUUGGCGAAUAAGAGAAGUCAAGUUUUAAGGCAGUUCAUUUCAGAUAUGUGGAGCAUAAAAACUGAAAGCUGCUCCUCCAUGUUUAGUUUGGACUCUGGGGACAGAAAACAGACCCGAUCCAAAACAUCUGACAGGUCUGGACGGUUCAGAACAUAGCAGUAGAUCAAAAUUGUAUUUUGGCCCUAAACCAUUCAGUGCUUUAUAAACCAACUGCAGUAUUUUAAAGUCAAUUCUGAACUGGGGUGAUGUGGUCUCUCCUGGUCUUAGUGAGUGAAUCUGCUGCAGAUGUCUGAUCUUUUUAGAGAGACCUGUAGACUACUGAAGCUUGGGGCACGCUUUUCUAAAUCCCACUGAGCCAUAAAGUAUUCUAACUCUUGCUUUAUUAUUAAGAAUCUGACAGUGGGCUGAUCUUGGCUCAGAAAACAGUUUGCUUAUCUGGAGAAGUUUGGCACAUCCAAUCGAUGAUUUGUUCAGUGCACUUAAUCAGUGCUUGUAUGGGACAUAGUCGGUGAUUUCAUUACAUAAAUCUGUGCUGUCUCCAUAAUUAUGGUAAGAUAUUGUUUUUUUUCCAGUAAUCUGUACUAGUGGGAGCAUGUAGAUGUUGAACAGAGGCCCCAGAAUGGAGCUUUGGGGAACCCCACGUAAUUUUUGUACACUCAGAUAUGAAAUUACUAAUCAACCUAAAGAAGUCCCUGUCCUUCAAACAGGAUUUAAACCAGUUGAGCACUGUGCUAGAAGUUCCAACCCUAGUUUGUCUAGUAAAAUGUCUAGGCUGUAAACACCUUGUGUUACUUUACUUAUUUAUAUGUUGUAUAGAUUUCUAUGGCAUAAUGUUAAGUUAUUUGCACCAAUUUAAGGAUUUAUCAACUUGCAAAAGGGGGCUGUGAUUAGGACAUGGUCACAGUUCCAAUCUCAGAAAGACAUUAAGAUUUGAUAGAAUAGAUCGAACACUCCUAAAUUGUUUUAAUUUUUCCUUUCUCAAGGCUUCUGGCCCAUUUGUAUUUUCUGUGAAGCUUGAAUAUUAUAAAUAGCUGUCAUUUUACGAUGUUAACAUGUAACACGAUUUAUGCAAUUGACCAUGCAGAAGGGGGGGAUGCACAUACGGACAGUUAGAUUUGAGACAUCUUGUGCGACACUCAAAUCUUCAGUAUUCCUUCUCAAACAGCAGCACUGGAGUUCUAACUUAGCAUGCUUUAUUUGAAUUCACAAGCUGCUCAUUUAAAUGUCAUUAACUCCAAUAUGACUCAUAAUGGUUCAUUCAGAGGCCAGUCAGCUCUCCAGAGGCGGUUUGGAGUCCCCCACCCAUGACCUCCUACCGCAGGCUAGAAAUCACUGUUGUAGGGUGAGUUGGGACAUCUUAACUGAGUCACUGUUUAUCUCACUGUCUGUAUAACUCUGCUGAUUUUCAGUUAAAGAUUUAAAUGCCUCUCUUUUAGUUGAGAAGAGAUUUAGAAAUGUAUUUUAAAACAACCUCCUUGUUUUUAUCAUGUUCCUGAAAACUUGUAAAGAGUUUUUCUCAAUAUUAUCCACACACAAAUGCAAACAAAUAAUGCAGUAGGGUGCAGCGUGUCUCUCCACAUGACUUUCAAGGCUACUUUAUACUCUGUACAUCUCUCCCUCUGUCUCCCUUGUUCUUGUUUUCAUUCGCUCAGCUUUGUACCUUAUUCACCGAGCUCUCAGUCCUGCAGUAAUUGAAUGUGUUCUCAUCGCAAUUCCUUGCUGCUGUCAAGAGCAAUUCAGCACAUGCAGCAUUCAGCACAAAUCGAUGUCGUUCAAUAUCCCACAGCGCUAUUUGACUCGGUGGGGAAAAAAACGCAUAUUUGUUCCUUGAGGGUUUACAAUAAACACAGAACAAGACAUUCUGCUCCUUUUACCUUUAAGCCUAUAUACAGCAUACAGAAUCUGUCUGCUGGGAGUUUGUGGAAACAUGAAUGUCUAUCCAAAGAAAAUUGCCUAUUGGACCAAGCUUGUCUUUCGCUUUAUGUUUUCUCAACUUGAGUGUGAUGAUCUGGACAGAUGAACUUGAUUGAUGGAAAAAAAAAAAAGUUGCAUUCCAAAAGAAGAGAUCGAUCAUUUGGAUGAAACACAUACAUGAAUUAAUCGUCUAAUUAUUUUCUAUAUUAAUCAGUUUUAUAUGAAAUAUCACAGAAUAGUGAUUGGUGGGUCCAAAGUGACAUCUUCAAACAGUCCAAAACUCCAAAGAUAAUCAGUUUAUGAUCAGAUCAGACAAAAAAGUGGCAGCAAAUAACCACAUUUGAGAGGUUUGCAUAUUUACUUGAAAAAAUCAUUUAAAAUUUAGAUAGACUAAUUUUAGAUAGUCACAUACUUAAUAUGUAUACAGCAUGUUUACAAAAUGGGAAUAUGGUGGAAAAAAAUUCUAAUAAUUUGAUUGAAUUUCAUAAUUGACGCUGAAUAUAUUACUGUGUAAGUUGCACCAAAGUAAUUUUUUGUAUUAUUAAUUAAUAAUUGAUGAACUGCUGCUUUCACAAAGGAUGUCGGUCACUUUGGAAUGAAACCCUUCAAUGGUGAUGAACAAUUGAUCAGAGUUACAAAACACUGAAGAUGUGGCUCAUGAUAUCACCAGAUUAUUAGACGAUGAGAUUGUGUAAAUCGACAAGAAAUGGAAAUUAGCUUGUACGUUUACGUGCAGCAAAACUAGCAUUCAUGUGGAGUCAUUAGGAUUAUGAGUUCUGUAGCCAUGAGUAGUUUAGAAAGGCUCCAUUUUGGGACUGUUUAUCGCGAUACCACUGUGUUUAAUGUUUAAAUUCUUUGAUUGUCUUCCUGAAUAUUCUGGGGGGGAAAACACUCUACAGGUCAAGCUAACAACUUUAUCAGUUAAUUUAUUUCUCGGCUGAACCUUUUACUAAACCACUUCAGGUUUUCUGCUUUUGUGCACUUCUUAGACAAGACAGGCUAAAAGGGGGUAGAUACGUGAUCCGUGUACUUGGCUGAGGUGGUCAUCAGAUGUGCUCUGCUUGAUGCUAGUGCUCUUUGUAGAGUUGUGAAGCGUUGCAGGUUUGUCAUUAGCUCAGUGUUUCGUUACUCUGUGAUUUAACAUGAGAGAUGAUGGGAAGGUGAGUUGUUCUCUUGGUGUGUUCUCCCUGAGGGGGUUGGAACAUUUUAUCAAGCUAACAAGGGGUCUCUAUCCCACUUCAACACAAAUCUCCCAGUUCAUUCCACGCACUCAUUGUUGUUUAUUGGUGCUCAUUCUUAAUGUAAAUGUCAGAAGUGUAGUUGUUGUCUGAAAAUAACUUGCAUACAGGAUUACUUACUUCAGCGUUGCUAUCAGGUACUUACUGUAGGGUUUACAGUAGCAGAUGUGCAGGCAGAUUAAACCGCCAUUCAUCUCUUUAUACGUUGCAAGCCACUGAGUCGCUGCACUGAUGCAAUCGGGGAUUAAGUGCCUUGCUCCACGGCACAUCAGCAGGGCGAGAAGAGCACCUCUCGUGCAGUUCAUCGUGCUGAUUUCUACAGCGAUUUCCAGGACGUUAAAGCCGGCAACUUUGUGGUUGGUUGCUUGAACCCUAACCCUCCUGCCGCCCCCCGAUGUUGCUUUGACGACGAAUGACUCCUGUUCUCACAUCAUCCUCACGCAGUAACAGUGAUUAUAUGUAAAGGACACGUUGUGGAGAUUUUACCAGUUAAGCAGUGAGUUCAACUUAGCGUGAUGAGCAGUGGCCUGCAGUACUUAAUGAAAGAGGGUAAUUUGUUGAAUUUUAAUAGGGUGGGUGGUGGGCAGGUAAAACAUUCUUUUCCAUCAUGUUUUGCCUGUGGAGAAAAAAUCUUUACUCUGAUACAUUUCACUCGUAGACAGAGACACCACCCUCUGGGAGAAAAGUCUGAGUAUGUGUAUAUAUUUACUGAGAUUUACAGAAUAGCAGUUUACAAUAGUACAGUGUAUUUCAGCAGAUGUCUGUUUUUGGAAAUGGAAGAAGGGUACUUGAAAACAUACUGUAGUGAUUUAUUGUUGUUUGUUCAUAUUACUUAUGGAACACACAUAAAGACAAAAUAUAUGUACAUGAGAUUUUUUAUCUAUGUGGUGGACACUGUCUGUCCUCCUUCUCUUCUGUUGGAAACUUAUUUAUUCAAACUAUGUUCUACACUUGUCACAGAGGGCAAAGGGUCCUCUGAAAAUUUGCCUCUUUUUAUGGUUAUUGUGUGCAGACCUGGGACAAACUGGCACUGAUUGUACUUCAUCUACACUGGUGUUGUUGGAUUUGUCUGCCUUGGAGUCCACACCUGCCACUACUCAGUCCUUGUCUUUCUUAGGGUCACUUUCCUCCUCUCUGGCCAUGUCACACCACGUACUGUGCAUCCAUCACGUAAGCAUUACUCUCAAUUCAAAUGAGGAAGGAUGACACUUGGUAGCCACCGUGGCAGGCAGAUAAGUUCAGAGGAAAAACUGUCUCUAAGAGCCUGGUGGUGUCUUCACCUCGGGGUCAUUUUGUCCCAGGUCUUCUGAUGUUCUGGUGGCUGUGGACAACAGUGAGUUGCCUUUAAAGGUAGACUUAGUUAUCUGAUAUCGCCCACUCCCAAACAAGGGUGACACUUGCCAACCAUGGUACAUCUGCAUUACAGUAAAUUUAGAAAACUUCCAAUCACUUCAAUCACUGAUAAGCAACAUAACAAUGCAGAUUUGUUGUGUAUUUGUUAUACAAACGUGUGGAAGGCAGAGUUGCUGUGGACAUAGAACAGAUCUUGGAAAAGCUUUAUUUUAACUGGUAUGUAACUGUAAAAAAAAACCUAAAAACUAUUAAUUGGUAGCACAACCUUCUUUUUUGCAAGCAUAUAAUUCAACAUAUUUGGACAAUUACAAUAAUAAAUAAAUAUUUAUAUAUUUCAAGAAAGCUGCUACUGAAUCAGAUUUUUUCCUGAUCCGUGUAUAUGUGUAGAACACCUGUCCCUAUUUGUACUUUAAUUAGUACCAAACUACAUCGCUCUUUCCACAAACAAAACUAAAUAGUUAAAAGAUUAGGUUUAAACACUCACAUGUCCAUAUGUACAUUGAAAUGGGUUUAACUUUCUGUAAUCAUUCCUCCUGUUCAUAGUGGGAGAGAUCCAUUACAAUGUGCUUCCAAUGUCAGUGAUGGCCGACAAAAAACACAAAAUAAUCCUGUUUUGUGUGCAAAAAUGUAUUCAAAAGUGAGCUAAACAAAACAAGUGAGUAUCUUCCAAAGUUGCAGUCGCUGGUCUUUGUGUUACUGCCCCAAGGUUCACUGUGUGUCAUUUGCUGUAAUUUGAUUAGUACAACAUCAACUGGGUCCUGUAUUAUUAUGCAGCCUUGAGGCCAAACAUUUUGUAGUGGAGCUCUACAUCAAAUAUAAGAUGUAACUCCUUUAUUAUUUUAGUGCACAUUCUCCUCACAUGGUGCAUUUCCCUAAAUAAAAUUGUGUUUCAUCAAAUCACAGAAAACCUGGGGCCAGGUAAAAGAAAACUGGUUGGCUUCUGGGUCUCUGUGAAAAAUAUGAUCAAGCUAUAUACUGUAUAUAUUGUACAUGAUGGGAACUUGAAAGAAUCAGUGGCCAAAUCUUUUAAUUUACUCAGACACAGACUUUGUUUUUUUCACCGACUGGAAGACUGUGGAUUUUGUCCCCCAUUACUGCCAUUGAAAAGGACUGCCUUUGUAAGAAGCAGGAACGAUUACAGCAAGCAGAACUUAUUUUAAAAUCCGUACGGGCACCGGACACACUUCAAAAAACAUGAACCUAUCCAUUGAGAUAUUGUGGAACCAGGGAAUAUAGUUAAACUAACAUUUUUAGGUUACUGCUGCCUUGUGUUUACGUUUAUUCUUGCCUUGAGUCCAAGAACAUGAAUGGCAUGAAAAAUUAUAAAUUAAAAGUAACGUCUUUAAAACUGUCCCCAGGUUUGUUUACAUUGGGACUGUUUCACAUUUACCGGUCGCUCUCAUAUAACUGGUUCUCAGAGUCCACCCACUGAGUCUAUAACUAAAAUCACACCUCACAACGUUUAGUGUAUCAAUACAAAUUCCAGCUUAAACAUCAGAAUCCCAUCUCUGGCAAAUGUUGCUGUAAGUUUGGAGUGUGGCUUCACGUGACUAAGUCUUCCUUUAACUUGCCUGUUGUUGCCUUUAGUUUCUAACAUUCUCUUCUUAAAAAAAAAAAUAUAUAUAUAUAUAUGCGUAUGGGUGAAUAAAAACAUAUCAAAAUGUAGUCUGGGCAGGCUUUUUGAAGUAACACGAUAUAUUGAAGUUCUUUGGAAAAUAUCACAACUAGUACUACUACUACUUCUAGAGAGAUUUUAUCAGAUAUAGCUUUAAGAGAGAUUCAAUUCAGUUUUUUUUCUUAUAAAGAAAAGGAAAAGUUUUCUGUAAAUACAUUAUGGUUUUUGUUUGGUUUUGGGUUUUUUGACUAAAUGGGUUGAUUAUAAAAUCAAAAUUAAAAAAAUCAGACCUUGGCUCACUUCUUUACAUGCAAAAUGAGGCACCAUUUUGUUUGUUGGAUUUUUUUAUAGUCAUCAUGUAGUCUCUUCCGGUCGGAUAUCAGAUAUCAGCUCAUGUAAAUAGAAAGACAAACAAAACCUUUUGGAAAGUUUUGUAUUUUUAUUUCUUUCUCUUAUUUAAGAUUAAAGUUAUCAUCCUUUGCACACAAUAUACCAUUUUUAUGACAAUGCUUAUAUUGGAUAGGCAUGUUUACGUUUAUGACUUGAGAAGAUUAUUACGUGAUUCCAGUUUUAUUUCUAAUGAGACAAAGUUUAAUUAUUUAAAAUGCUAACAUCACUGGAACAAAGAUGCUUUUUUUUCUAUGUUUGGUUUGUUUUUACUGUCCCACGCCAAUUAUAUACCAAUAACACAUGUUCUGUUAACAAUGAAAUGUCAAUAAAAGUGAAAACUUCAUUGUC